AUGGCCGAUUCUACAGAAGCCGCUCAGCCUCCCGUGACCAAGCGGCCUCACUCCGACGUCGACGCCGAGAACAGUGAUGAUUCCUCCGACGAUGAUUUCGGCCCUGCGCUGCCUUCAGAGGCUGCACCCAAGAAGAAGCGCCGCAAGCUUCCUUUCGAGAAAGUCUACAUCACUGCGCUACCUGCGUCCGCGCGCUACUCCAAGUCUCUUAUGCACAAGGAGCAACUAUCGUUUGUGACUGUUACGCCAUACACAGACUUUGUAAUCACUAGCUCCGUGGAUGGAUUUGUCAAGUUCUGGAAGAAGAUGGCGCAGGGCAUUGAGUUCGUCAAGGAGUUCCUUGCCCACCCAGGCGAGAUCCGGAGCGUAACCUGCAGCGCCGACGGCCGCAGCUUCGCGACAGCGGGAAUUGACAAGACUGUGAAGAUAUUCGAUGUGAUCACAUUCGAUCUCUUGGCAAUGUAUUCGCUCGACUUUGUCCCUCGAUGUGUCUGCUGGGUACACCCCCGCGGGGCCUCGCUACCGUUACUGGCCGUAACAGACGAAUCAAGCAAUGCAAUCCAAUUAUUCGACGGACGAGGUGAAAACCCCCAACCGCUGCACACUCUGAAGUCCAUCCACCGCAGUCCAGUGGUAUCGAUCGCAUUCAACAAUGCCUUCAACUGCGUCGUCUCCGGCGACGAAUCAGGUAUGAUCGAAUACUGGCGCGCUGGAGACGGCUCCUUCGAGAAACCCGAUAACGUCUUCGACCUCAAAUCCUCCACAAACCUCUUUGCCUUCAAGAAAGCCAAAUCAAUCCCAACAUCCAUCACAAUCUCCCCAUCCGGCGAGCACUUCGCCACAGUCUCCUUCCCAGACCGUCAAAUCCGCGUCUUCGACUUCGCAACAGGGAAGCUCUACCGCACAUACGACGAAUCAAUAAACACAAUCACCGAGAUGCAGCAAGCCGGAACAGCCCCUUAUUCCCUCGACGAGGUCGAGUUCGGCCGCCGCCUAGCCGUCGAACGCGAACUCGAAAGCGAAGCAACCCGCAGCAAAGUAACCGCCAUCUUCGACGAAUCAGGCCACUUCCUCCUAUACGGCUCCCUCUACGGCGUAAAAUGCAUUAACACAUACACCAACCGCGUCGUCCGCCUCUACGGCCGCGAAGAACCCUUCCGACCCCUCAACCUCGCCCUCUAUCAAGGCCAACCGCAACGCAAGGGCGUAGUAACUGUCUCAAUGGCGGCAAGCAGCAACCCCCUCCUCCAAGAAGCCGAAGAACGCGACCCAAUCCUGCUCAGCACCGGCUUCGCCAAAGUCCGCUUCUACAUGUUCACCAACGAAACCGAUAUCUCCAAAUCCUCCCGCGACAUCCAAAACGAGAAGCCCACGCAAGCCGCAGCUGCCGGCGGCGCGACAGCGACCAAACAGGCCGAAACCGGCACCGCUGCCAUUCUACACACGACCUACGGCGACAUCCAUCUGCGGCUGUACCCGUCUGCUGCGCCGCGCGCCGUGGAGAACUUCGUUACGCAUGCUCGUCGCGGCUAUUACAAUAACACCAUAUUCCACCGUGUUAUCCGCAAGUUCAUGAUUCAGGGCGGAGAUCCCCAGGGCGACGGGACGGGGGGCGAGUCGAUUUGGGGUGGGGAGUUCGAGGAUGAGUUCUCGGUUCUCAAGCAUGAUAAGCCGUAUACGUUGUCUAUGGCUAAUGCGGGACCGAAUACGAAUGGGAGUCAGUUUUUCAUCACGACGGAGAAGACGCCGUGGUUGGAUAAUAAGCAUACUGUGUUUGGGAGGGCGGUGCAGGGAUUGGAUAUCGUGCAUAAGAUUGAAAAUGCCCGGACGCAUAAGGAGAAGCCGGAGGUUGAUAUUAAGAUUGUUAGUAUUAGUGUUUCGUGA